AUGAAAACAAGAUUCAAAUUGUUGGGAACAUAUCGAAGUCGUCGGAAACGCCCUCCACAAUGCAACUCCGAACAUCAAGAUUUUACUCGACGGGCUCCAUCAAUACGAAGAAUGGCUGGUCAAAAGGGAGCAAUAUGUGGUUUACCGUUGCAUGUCUUUUUGUCUGCAUGCUUUAAAUUUGGGGACAAAGCGGUAUCGACUUAUGUUAAGUUGGCGAAUUUUCAUUUGAAGGAAAUCAAGUUUGAAAGAUUCCUGCUCUGGAAAUUAAUGGAGGAGAGAAAGACAUGUGACGUUAUAGACACUAAUAAAACAUACCAUGAAAAGAUUAUUCAGUUAGCGUUGGGAGUUGCUCUUACGGUUUAUGAAAGAGAAGAAGAAGUUGAUCAUAAAAGUUUUGCUCCAACAACUCUCACUGCCAUUCCAGAGUCAAUAUUGGAAAGGGAUGAGACAGAUGAAACUCUAACAUCGAUUAGAGACAAUUUUGAAGUAAAACUUGAACAAGAAACAAUUAAAUGGACUGAGGCAGAAAGCAGGUUCUAA